GCGGGCACCGAGUCAACUGGCGGAACAGCGGGCACCGAGUCAACUGGCGGAACAGCGGGCACCGAGUCAACUGGCGGAACAGCGGGCACCGAGUCGUCUGGCAUUGGAUCGUCUGGCUCGACAGCGGGCAUCGGGUCACCAGGUAUGACAGCGGGCACUGGGUCACCAGGCAUCAGGUCAUUUGGCUCGCCAGCGGGCACCCCGUCAUCUGGCAAGGCAGUGGGCACCGAGUCACCAGGUAUGACAGCGGGCUCUGAGUCAAUUGGCACGACAGCGGGCACCGGAUCAGGUACCGGAUCAUCUGGAUCAACAGCGGGCAUCGAGUCAACUGGCCUAAUAGGAUCAUCAGGCUGGAUCAGAGAGGCAUCAGGCUGAACCACGGAAGGCAGGUUCUCAGACGGUAGGCUCACCGGUUUGGAUACUGGCAGGAUGGUACUGGUUGGAAAGAAUUUUUGCUUUUUUCUGGUUUUAACUACUGGGGCACUGCAAGUAAACGCAGGUCUGCAAAUGAAUGGAGCAGCUGGAGACAGAGAAGAGCUGGAGGAUGGAACAGGGGAAGGAACAGUCGCUACAGAGGGCUU